UACAUCACACAUGUACAUGUUCAAUGUACAUUUCACACUUAAUUUAUAAUAAAAUCUCUAUUAUGAAAAGGUGUUGUGUUCUUUCUUUCUCGGCCCACUUUGGCUUGCCAAAUGCCUACUUGCUGUUUUUUAACGUAUUUUUUAUUAACUAUACUACAUCAAUUCAUCAGUGAUCAUCACAAUCACAUUUUUUUUCUUUGGUAGAAAUAAAAUUAAAAAGGAAAUAAAAGUUAAGAUAGUAUAAAUUAUUUGCACAUAUUUGAAGAGUAUCCCCCAAAGUUUUAGUGCAUUUAUUGCCACUUGCUUUCUUUGUUUCUCAUCAUAUAGUAAAUGGUAUUAUAACUUGGUCAGGGAGCACCGUCUACACGUAUUUAGGCCUUAAAUUUUGUUUCUGAAGAGGCACAGUAAUUUACCUCUGGUAACUUUGCAAAGGGCCUGCAUGCUUACCCAUACACUUCCGAAAGCGGCAGAAUUUUGCGAGUUGGUGUGAGAAGGUUGAAAGUCGGGGGAGACUAAGCUUAUCGGAGACAGGACUGUUAAAUAACUCGUACUUAAUCACUUUUUAGGGGCUUUGAGCACAGAGCUUAUAGAAGUUAAGAGGCUUUUUCAAGCUAAAAUACUGCUUGGAUUGCCUUGACCGUCAAGUCAAUGAGGUGUUAACAAGAAAAGGGUAGGAUUCGGGGGUGUCAGUCCAUAUUCUCCCUUGAUGGUGGUCGCUUUUAUCACAUCAGAACUAGUGCGAAAAGCAUCGUUUGGCUUUUCGACGAUGGCCUAGAUUACUUGAGGGAAAAGAAAGGGGCGGGUCCUCUUCAUUGUGGAGUGUUGAGGUUUGAUAACUAAGACGAGCUAAGAACGAUGAUAGCUUAGACAGUGAUUGCUUGCCCGGAGAUCAUGCAGUCUGGUGAUUUGGGAACUUUGAUUGUCAUUUGGGAUAUAGGAAUGUGGAAAAGACUCCUUUUGAGCUCCUGAGGAGUAAGCGUUUACUGCCGAAGGAAGAUGCAAGGAGUGACGUCUGGAACUUCUUUGGGUUCAAAACGGACUCAGACGACGAGUCGAAAAUUUUGAACCACACCGAGGUUAUGUGUGCUUUGUGUGAGACGCUGCUUACGUAUAGCGGUAGUACAACCAGCUUAAGAUGUCAUCUUCGUGCGAGUCAUCCUGGUGAUUACCGCAAGGUCGAAGAAACUUCUUCUAAUGCUCCAUCCACGCCCUCUCGGUCAGAUGUUGGUGCUCGUCCAUCCAGAUUGAGAAAAAGGGAUACACCGUCUAAUCAGUUUGAAACAGAUUCAGAUUUGUCUGAGGUGUUGGUAAAGAUGAAUGCUUUGGAGCUCCUGCUGAGUAAGCAAUUACUGCCGAAGAAAGAUGCAAAGAGUGACGUCUGGAACUUCUUUGGGUUCAAAACGGACCCAGAUGACGAGUCAAAAAUUCUGGACCACUCUAAAGUUGUGUGUGCUUUGUGUGAGACACUGCUUCCAUUUAGCGGUAAUACAACCAACUUAAGAUCUCAUCUUCAGACCAGACAUGGCACUGGUCCAUCGAAGCUGAGAAAAAGGAAAACACCAUCAAGUCGGUCUAAAACAGAAUCAGAUUUGUCAGUAAAGGUGUCAGUAAAGAUGGAUGCUUCUCCAGUAUCAGAGCUCCUAAGGAGUAAGCAUUUACUGUCAAAGAAAAAGCCAAAGAGUGACGUCUGGAACUUCUUUGGAUUCAAAACGGACCCAGACGACGAGACGAAAGUUCUGAACCGCUGCGAAGUUGUGUGUGCUUUGUGUGAGAUACUGCUUCCAUAUAGCGGUAAUACAACCAACUUAAGAUGUCAUCUUAUAACAAGACAUCCUGGUGAUUACACUGAGGUCCAAGGCACUCUUUCCAAUGCUCCAUCAACACCCUGCUCAGAUGUUGGUGCUGGUCCAUCAAAGUUGAGAGAAAGGAAAACACUAUCAAGUCAGUCUAAAACAGAUUCAGAUUUGUGUGAGGUUUCGGUAAAGAUGGAUGCUUUUCCAGUAUCAGAGCUCCUGAGGAGUAAGCAAUUGUUGCAGAGGAAAGGUGCAAAGAGUGACGUCUGGAACUUCUUUGGGUUCAAAAUGGACCCAGAUGACGAGUCGGAAAUUCUGGACCACUCCAAAGUUAUAUGUGCUUUGUGUGAGAGACAACUUUGUUAUAAUGGUGUCAGUACAACCAUGUUAAGAAACCAUCUUAGGGUGAGACAUCCUGGUGAUUUCCUUAAGGUCCAAGACGCUCCUUCCAAUGCUCCAUCCACGCACUCCAACUCAGAUGUUGGCGCUUUCCCAUCCAGGUUGAAAACAAAGAAAACACCAUCAAGUCAGUUAAAAACCGAUUCAGAUUUGUCUGAGGUGUCGGUAAAGGUGGAUGCUUUUGAGCUCAUGAGUAGUAAGCAUUUACUGAAGAAGAAAAAGUCAAAGAGUGAUGUCUGGAAAUUCUUUGGGUUCAAAACUGACCCAGAAGACGAGACGAAAGUUCUGGACCACUCCAAAGUUAUGUGUGCUUUGUGUGAGAUACUACUUCCAUUUAGCGGUAAUACAACCAACUUAAGAUGUCAUCUUCAGGCGAGACAUCCUAGUGAUUAUUGUGAGGUCCAAGAUGCUUCUUCUAAUGCUCCAUCCACGCCAUCCCGGACAGAUGAUGGCGCUGGUCCAUCUAAGUUGGGAAAAACGAAAACACCAUCAAGUCGGUCUAAAACAGAUUCAGAUUUGUCUGAGGUGUCGGUAGAGAUGGAUGCUUUGGAGUUCUUGAGGAGUAAGCAUUUACUGCCUGACAAAGAUGAAAAAAGUGACAUCAGGAACUUCUUCUGGUUCAAAACAGACCCAGACGAUGAGUCAAAAAUUCUGAACCACUCCAAAGUUAUGUGUGCUUUAUGUGAGAGACUGGUUCCAUUUAGCGGUAGUACAACCAACUUAAAAGGCCAUCUUCAGUCAAGACAUCCUGGUGAUUACCGUAGGAUCAAAGACACUUCUUCUAUUGCGCAAUCCACGCCCUCUUGCCCAGAUGUUGGCGCUCAUCCAUCAAAGAUGAGAAAAAGGAAAUUGCCAUCAAGUCAGUCUAAAACAGAUUCAGAUUUGUCUGAGGUGUCGGUGAACAUGGAUGCUUUGGAGCUCCUGAGGAGUAAGCAUUUACUGUCGAAGAAAAAGCCAAAGAGUGACGUCUGGAACUUCUUUGGGUUCAAAACGGACCCGGACGACGAGACAAAAAUUCUGGACCACUCCGAAGUUAUGUGUGCUUUGUGUGAGAUACUGCUUCCAUAUAGCGGUAAUACAACCAACUUAAGAUAUCAUCUUAAAGCAAGACAUCCUGGUGAAUACUCUGAGGUCCAAGGCACUGUUUCCCAUGCUCCAUCAAUGCCCUGCUCAGAUGUUGGCGCUGGUCCAUCAAAGUUGAGAGAAAGGAAAACACCAUCGAGUCAGUCUAAAACAGAUAGUUUUGUCAUUGAAGAAGAUCAAUAUGAGGCUGGCAGCACCAAGGCUAAAGAGCUUACCAAGGCAGUGGCUUACCACUUGGCACGGGAUAUGAAGCCAAUUUACACUGUCAUGGAGUCGGGCUUUGUACAAAUGCUCAAGACAUUUGACAGUCGGUACGUCUUGCCAUCUCGGAAAGAAUUCUCUACAACAAUCAUUCCAGAUAUGUACAAGGAGCUGUGUUCUACCACCGUCCGCCCAUUUACAGAGUCUGCAGAGGCGUAUGCAAUGACGACAGAUUUGUGGAUGGCUCGGAACAUGACAAAGUUUCUUGGCAUCACUUUCCAUGCUAUAGAUGAUGACUGGGAUUUAAAAACCUACACCAUCGGAAACAUGGAGUGCCCCCCUCCCCACAGUGCUGACCAGAUUGCUUCAAGCCUGAAGAGCAUCCUCAAAGAAUGGAACCUGACAGAAUCCCGCUUGUCGACGGUUACAACAGACAAAACGCCCAGUAUGGUAAAAGCUGUCAAUGAUCUUGGAUGGGGACAUCUUCCUUGCUUUGGGCAUUUCCUUAAUUCUGUAGUAAAAGCUGGACUCGAAACCAACCAGGUAUAUACUACAUUGACCAGAUGCUCGAAGUUGGUGGAUAUGGUACGCAAGAGUUCCAAUGCCAGCCUGCUACUAACUAAAAAGCAGAAGAUGCUUGAUCUGCCUCAGAACGAGCUUAUCCAAGCUGUCGAGACGAGAUGGAAUUCAACCCUGAAUAUGCUCACCCGCUUUGUAGAGCAACAGCAGGCCAUAUGUGCCAUGCUCCUUGAACUCGAGCAUCAUGAACUCAUGCCAUCCUCUCUGGAACUCAAAACUGUCGAGCAACUCGUCACUCUUCUAAAGCCCAUGAAAGAUAUGAUUGAAUUCUUGAGUGGAUCAGAUGUCACCAUUUCUGGGUUGUUUCCCUGUCUAUAUUGCCUAGAGAAAAAUCUCUUGAAGAAUGAGGCUGACACAUGGGCAUUAGGUUUUGUGAAGCGGGCAAUGGCUGAAAAACUGGGUGAGGUCUACAAGGAUCGGUACGUGGAGGAAAGACUACAUCUUUGCAGCUUCCUUGACCCCCGGCUCAAGACGAUGCCAUUUGUUGAAGAUCGCAGCAUUGUUGAAGGGGUGCACGAGUUGGUGUCACUAACCUUAACGAAGAUGGCAGAAGCAUUGCCCUUUGACUCCCCAGACCAGCAGGGGGAUGAUGAUGUCUCGGAAGCCCCAUCAAAGACAUCUAGAAUCACGUCUUUAUUCGGUGACAUGUACAGCAGCAUAGUGACACAGAUGAACCCGGAGGCUAUGGCUAAGGACGAGGUGUUGCGGUACAUCAGAGAGCCAUCGCUGACCCUUGAAGAGGACCCGUUAAAAUGGUGGAAGAUGAAUGAACACAGGUUCAAAUUACUGGCAAGGGCAGCCCGGGAAUAUCUCUGCAUCCCUGUCACGAGCGUGCCGACUGAGAGGCUGUUCAGCACUGCUGGAGAUAUUGUUAGUUCAAAGCGGGCUUGCCUGAAACCCAGCCAUGUCGACCACCUCACCUUCCUCCAUGAUAACUUGGAGUGAUAAUUGCAGCAUGCAGGGACACAGUCACCUCUUGUUAGAAAGAUCGCUGGGACUGGCGAAAUUGUCUCUUGAAAGUUGGAACGUUGUUUUGAGAGGACUGCUCUUUAUAACAAGGGUUUUAGUAUAUAGGACCGUUAAUCACACACACAAAAACUUGUAAAUAAAACACACGAAAAAGGAUGAUUUACAGUUCUCGACUACAUAUUUUAGAAUCGGGGAGAAAUUGUGGAGUUUGAAAUGUAAAUUUUAAUGCGUUUCAGAAGAACUUCCCUUGGUAGCUUUUUCUGGAUCUGCCGAUUCCUAAUAGCAAACAUAAACUGAGGGUACAACAUUAUUAACAUUAAAAUAUAACAUCAUUAGAACUGUCUGUUCGACUGAAGUUGUUGGAUGAUAACCAGUUUAAUUAAAUCCCUUGCAUGACCAUUGUCUAUCAUUUGACCUACUUUGUACUAUAAGCUUCCUGCAUACUGAUCAUUUAAUCUCUGCUUUCACUUCUUGUAUACAUGUAGUUAAAUUGUGACAAGUUAUAAAAGAGUGUUCAUUAAAUAUAGUUGUUGAGUUCAGA